CAUAUAAGUGUUGACUGCUAUAUGUGUGUAUUACCAAAAAAUGUGGCAUUUUGCCUUUUCCCCCUAAAAAGAUCCCAUGCAGUACUUUUAAGUACAACACAACCACCCCUACCCCAGAGCCAGACCCCCCCAGCACCGCCAAUCCCAAUGCACUCCAAUCCCUCCCCCCUCCAGUGCUGGGAGCACCUCCGUCCCCGCAGAGCCAGGCACCGGAAGAAUGGGACAGGGUAAGGAAAUCUUACAUUUAAAGUUGCUGCCCCUCCCACCCAGCUUGGCUGCCUCGGCUCACAGUGUGAAAAAAGACCAAUAGCCUCCUGAACUCCAUCCCCAGCCCCUCAUAAAGCCAAAGAGCUGCCUAGCAUCUUAAAACUCUGUUCUUCUCCAUGGCACUAGUGGAUUCUGGGUGGAAAUCAGAAUGCCCCUUUUUGCAUCUUGGUUAUAGAUCGUGAGAGCCCAAAGGGAUUAUUUUUCAUUUGGGUCUUGACUUCUGCAUUGUUGCUGGAGGGCUCCUUGGCAGACUGGGGUGCUAGUGAGAUGACAUUUCAUGAAACAAGAGAUUGAAAAAUGAGCCACCGAGAUGGCUUGGACUUUGAGUCAGACUGUUCGCAUUUCCAGUGGGACUGGAAGGAGGUUAACACUUCCCUGAACUCCUGAAUCCAGGGCCACUUUGAGUCCUCCACAAGGAGAAUUGUUCUCUCAGGAGUUUGACAACAUUGGUGUUAACAAAACUAGAGUGCUUAAUAACACAAACUGAUGAGUAGUCCCUUCCCCUUUCCAUUUUCCAAGGCUGCACAGGAUAAAUCUCAGUAGCUUAUACCUUUACAGUGGCCCUCCAGGACUGGCAGGAGAUUCUUGAGUUCAUUUUUCCUUCUUGAAGCAAGAGGAUCAGGCCCAAUUCCUUUCCCUUUAGGAUGCCCUUUCAGGAGUCUGACUGGAGCCACAUGCUGUAGCGAGACUAAAGUUUAAGGCUCAGGCAAGCAUUACGCAUGAGCGUGAUUGACCUCACCACUGUUUGGAAUCCCUGCUGUGGAAAGGGAAUAAAUGCUGAACUUGGGGGCAAAGUCCUGUAAUAAAUAACUGUGAAAGGCAUGUCAGUUACUUCCUCCUUUUUACCAUGGAAGGCUGACGCCCAGGGCGGAAUGCUCAAUGGCUCCACCACCAACUUCAUUUCCCUUUUCUUCCCCACUCUGUUCUCCAUGAGAGAGGAAACACAGCAGCACAAGGCAGACACCAAAAUCUUCACUGUGAACAGAGUUCUGACCGUGCCAUCUUUGGCAGUGUAUUGAUCUGCUCUUACCCCUGAGCCCUCCUGUCGUCUGACUCCGGGUUCUUCUCUUUGUGAACACAGGCUGCAUGUGGGACUGUGAGGCAGGAUGGUGGUGCUCAGAAAGGGUGAUCAUGUGUGGCUAGAAUCCUUUUCCAAUAGUGAAUUCAGUGUCCCCAUUGGGGCAGUUGUGAAGAUCUCUGACUCAGGACAGAUUUUGGUGGAAGAUGAUGAAGGCAAGGAACACUGGAUCACUGCGCGGAACAUCAGCGCUGUGCGCCCAAUGCAUCCCACCUCUGCGCAAGGAGUGGAAGACAUGAUACGCCUCGGGGACCUGAAUGAAGCAGGCAUAGUCCGCAACCUCCUCAUCCGCCACCAGGAACACAAAAUCUAUACCUACACAGGCUCUAUCUUGGUCGCAGUGAAUCCGUACCAGGUGUUGCCACUCUACACAGUGGAACAGAUCCAACUCUACAGUAACAAGCGAAUUGGGGAGCUGCCUCCCCAUGUCUUUGCCAUCGCAGACAACUGUUAUUUCAACAUGAAGCGGAAUAAAAGAGAUCAGUGUUGUGUUAUCAGUGGAGAAUCGGGAUCCGGGAAGACUGAAAGCACUAAGCUGAUACUGCAGUUUUUAGCUGCUAUCAGUGGCCAGCAUUCCUGGAUUGAACAGCAAGUUCUGGAGGCCAAUCCAAUUCUGGAAGCCUUUGGAAAUGCCAAGACCAUUCGAAACGACAACUCCAGCCGCUUUGGGAAAUACAUCGACAUCCACUUCAGCCGGAGCGGGGUGAUCGAAGGGGCCCGGAUAGAGCAGUUCCUCCUGGAGAAGUCCCGGGUGUGUCGGCAGGCUCCGGAGGAGAGGAACUAUCACAUAUUUUACUGCAUGCUAAUGGGGAUGAAUCUGGAGCAGAAGAAGAUGUUGAACCUGGGCACAGCUUCAGAGUACACCUACCUCACCAUGGGGGAUUGCACUUCCUGUGAGAGUCGUAAUGAUGCAAAGGAAUAUGCUCACAUCCGCUCUGCUAUGAAGAUCCUCAUGUUCUCAGAUUCUGAACACUGGGACAUCAGCAAGCUGCUGGCUGCUAUUCUGCACCUGGGGAACGUCGAGUUUGAAGCGGCUGUGUAUGAGAACUUAGACUGCUCUGACGUGCUGGAUUCUUCGCACUUUUCUGUAGCAACCAAACUGCUUGAGGUGGACUCCAAGGAACUGCAGAACAGCCUUACAAACCACUCGAUCAUCAUCCGAGGAGAGAGCGUGUCCAAGCCCCUGAGCGUUGCCCAGGCUGCAGAUGGAAGAGAUGCCUUUGUGAAGGCAAUCUAUGGGCACCUUUUCUUGUGGAUCGUAAAUAAGAUCAAUGCUGCAAUUUUCAACCCACCUUCUCAGGAUCCUAAAAGUUCACGCAGAUCCAUUGGGCUUCUGGACAUCUUUGGGUUUGAAAACUUUAACACCAACAGCUUUGAGCAGUUCUGUAUAAACUUUGCCAACGAGCACCUUCAGCAGUUCUUUGUGCGCCAUGUCUUCAAGCUGGAGCAGGAGGAAUACCUUGCAGAGCACAUCUCCUGGAACCACAUUGACUUCACGGACAACCACCAGGCUCUGGAAGUGAUCUCUCUCAAACCCAUGAACAUUAUCUCCCUCAUUGACGAGGAAAGCAAGUUCCCUAAGGGCUCUGACACCACCCUGCUAAACAAAAUCAAUUCCCAGCAUGGCAAAAGCAAAGUCUACAUCCCGCCGAGGAGCGUCCAUGACACCAAAUUCGGUAUCAACCACUUUGCUGGGGUCGUCUAUUACCAGUCAAAAGGCUUCCUGGAGAAGAAUCGUGACAUGCUCAGCUCCAACAUAAUGCAGUUGGUUUACUCUUCCAAAAACAAGUUCCUGAGGCAGAUCUUCCAGGUGGAAACAAAGGUGGCUACCCUAGGCCGUGGGAGCGUGAGACAUCUCAGAGUGGAGCAUACCCCCAAGGGCUCGGAUUCCAGCAAACGCCUGUCUACAUUGGGUGGCCAAUUCAAACAGUCUCUGGAGCAGCUGAUGAAAAUCCUGGGGAGCUGUCAGCCAUACUUCAUUCGCUGUAUCAAACCCAAUGACUACAAGAAGCCUUUGUUGUUUGAUCGGGAGCUGUGUACCCGACAGCUGCGCUAUUCAGGAAUGAUGGAAACUAUUCGGAUUAGGAAGGCUGGCUACCCAAUUCGCUACAGCUUCGCUGAGUUCUUCGAGAGAUACAGAGCCCUGUUGCCAGUUUCCGCUCGAGAACAGCUGCAGGGUGAUGCUCGUCGGUGCUGCAUUUACAUUUCUGAGACAGUUCUAGGAAAAGAUGAAGAUUGGAAAACUGGAAGAACAAAGAUUUUCCUCAAAGAUUAUCAUGAUAUGGUACUGGAGGUACAGCGCGACAAGGCGCUCACCGAAAAGGUCAUUCUGAUCCAGAAGGUGCUGAGGGGAUUCAAGGACAGGAAGCAGUUUCUGAAACAGAGGCAGGCUGCUGUGAAGCUGCAGGCAGCCUGGCGGGGUUACUACGGCAGGAAGAAUUUCCGACUGGUGCUGCUGGGCUUCGAGCGCCUGCAGUCCCUCUUCCGGAGCCGGCAACUUGCCAAGCAGUACAAAACAGCCCGGGCCAGUGUGGUUAAGUUUCAGGCCUUGUGCCGAGGUUACCUGAUGCGUAAGAAGACAGCGGAGCAGAUGAAGGCUGUGUGUGUUAUACAGGCAUAUGCCAGGGGUAUGUUUGUUCGUAGGAGUUUCCAGAGGAUGAAGAGAGAGCACCAGCACAGACUAGAAGCCAGACGGCUAGGCUUAGAAGAGGAGAAACGCCUCAUCCCUAUCAUCGGGUCAAUGAGAGCAAAGCAAGAAGCCAUGAAGCUAGAAAAGGAGCACCUGGCAGCUCUGGAGAGAGAGGAGGAGCAAAGGAAACACAAUUCUCUCUCCGACAAACAACCGCUUUAUGAUGCUAUCAGCGACCAGGAAAUGGUGGAUAAAAUGUUUGGUUUUCUGCCUACUGUGAUUGGAGGCCAAGAAGGGCAGUCGCCUCUGGGAUUCGAGGACCUGGAAGCAAAGGCAGGCAUGCUGGACGAGGUGGACCUGGACAUGCUUCCCAUGAGUGUACAGCUGGAAGAGGAGGUUGAUGACCUGGCAGAGUACACGUUUCCAAAGUUUGCUGCCACUUACUUUCAAGGAUCCUCUACACACACGCACAUGCGGAAGCCGCUGCGCCACCCGCUGCUCUACCACGACGAGAAGGAUGAUAUCCUGGCUUCGUUGGCUGUGUGGAACAUCAUCCUGCGGUUCAUGGGCGAGCUCUCAGAGCCGGUAAUGUUCGCUAAGAACACCAACAGCAAGAGCAGCUCUGUGAUGACCCAGAUCUACGACACACUUGGCAAGAAAAGCCAAGUCCAGCUUACGGGCAACAACACUCCACAGCCGGGAGGCUACAGAAGGGACAACAGACUCUCCAAGGGAAUCUCCUCUGUGAAGCUGAAACGUUCCUCGAAGCUGACAGGAAAGGUGGUGAGCCAGCUGAACAGUAGGGAGGAGCUAAUCCAAGAGCAGAGCACAAUCUCAGACAGACCCAUGUCCAACCUCGAAAAAGUGCACUUUGUUAUCGGCAAUGCAAUCCUGCGCCCUGCCAUCAGAGAUGAGAUUUACUGCCAGAUCUGCAAACAGCUCUCUGAGAACAACAACAAGAGCAGUCGAGCCCGAGGCUGGAUCCUCCUCUCGCUUUGCCUGGGCUGCUUCCCUCCCUCAGACAAGUUUGUGAAGUUCUUUAGGAACAUCUGCAUUUCCUAACUGUCUCCUAUGCUUUGUGCUGAACGGCUGAAACGCACCUAUACCAAUGGGGCACGGGCUGAACCUCCCAGCUGGCUGGAGCUACAGGCAACAAAGCAGAAGAAACCCAUUGUCUUUAACGUCACACUGAUGAAUGGCCAAAGCAUCACAGUCCCUGCAGAUUCGGCCUCCAUUGCCAAAGAGAUCUGCCAGCUGAUCGCUGAUAAAACGAAGCUGAAGGACACAUUUGGUUUUUCACUCUACAUUGCUGUGUACGACAAGGUUUGGUCACUGGGUAGUGGCCGGGAUCAUGUCAUGGAUGCCAUCUCCCAGUGCGAGCAACUGGUGAAGGAGCAGGGUGCCCACGAACGCAAUGCCCCAUGGCGCCUCUACUUCCGGAAGGAGAUCUUCACGCCCUGGCACAACUCAAAGGAGGAUCCAGUGAGCACAGAGCUCAUUUACCACCAGAUCAUUCGCGGGGUCCGGUUCGGAGAAUACCGCUGUGACAAGGAGGAGGAUUUGGUGGAGAUAGGAGCAAAGUAUUGCUACAUUCAGUUUGGGGAUUCCAUCCGCAACGAGCUGGUCCAGAAACUACUCCAGGACUGCAUCCCAGCAAAACUGCUGAAGUCGAAGCCCCAGGAGAAGUGGGUGAGCCUCCUAACCUACGCACACGCCAAGGCCCCGUACACCCAGGACCGGCUCUCCCCUCAGACCGUGAAGGAACAGCUAGUGGAUUUUGCCCGUUUUCAGUGGCCUUUGCUCUUUUCUAGGUUCUUUGAAGUCACCAAAUUUUCAGGGCCCAGUCUGCCCAAGAACCACUUCAUAGUGGCCAUUAACUGGAAAGGGAUCUGCUUCCUAGAAGAGUCAGAAAAGAGGCUCCUUGAUCUGUCCUUCCCGGAAAUCACUGGAAUACACACCAACCGGUUAUCUUUCGGGCAGUGCUGCACGCUCAUCACCCUGCGGGCAGAGGAGUUUGUCCUGACCUCUGUCCACAGCGUUGUCAUCGCUGAGCUAGUGGUCCUGUUUCUGGAAGGACUCAAGAAGAGGUCCCAGUACGCUGUGGCCAUGCAGGACAGCAAGCAGCAAGGGGAUCCUGCCAUUCUGGCCUUCAAGAAGGGGGACUUGCUGAUUCUGACCCAGGACAAAGAGCUGGAAGCAAAUCGUGGUGCCUGGGUCUACGCUCAGAAUGAAAGGACGGCCAAGACAGGGGCUGUGUCGUUAGAAGCAAUCUAUGUCAUCCCUUCCAUUGCAAAGCCAGCCAGCCAGAUUCUGAGCUUGCUGAUGAUGUCACCAGACCAGAGGAGGUUGGCGUCCCUGACUUCCCGCACGGAGGAGGCGGAGGAAGAGGAAGUUAAGGUGAAGCCCUACACGCUGGAGGAGUUUUCUUAUGAGCACUUCAGGGUUCCCGAAAAAGAGUCCCUCAGCAAGGCUGUCCUCCACAAAUCGCGUGGGCGCAGCCAGCUGUGGGCGCACUCCAAGGAACCCCUGAAGCAGCCCUUAUUGAAGAAGGUCUGUGCAGAUCCAGGACUUCAGGACCUCGCUUGCCAGGCUUUCAUUGCCAUCAUGAAGUUCAUGGGGGACUACCCCUCGAAGCAGGCACGGUCCUCCGUGGAGCUCACUGACCAGAUAUUUGUGGCGGCCAUCCAGGAGGAGGUGCUGCGGGAUGAGAUCUAUUGUCAGAUCAUGAAACAGCUGACGGAGAACAGCAACAGGUACAGCGUGAACAGCGGCUGGCAGUUACUCUGGCUCUGCACCGGCCUGUUCCCUCCCAGCAAAUCACUGCUAAAACAUGCUCAGAAGUUCAUGGAGACUCGCCAGAAAGAGCCCCUGGCUCUGGACUGCAGCCGGAGAAUCCAGAGGGUAAUGAGGUACGGCUGUCGCAAGUGGGCUCCCCAUAACGUGGAAGUAGAGGCCAUCCAGCAGAACAUCACCAAGAUCUCGCAAAAGGUUUGCUUCCCUAACGACACCGAGCAGGUGUUUGAGGUGGGAACCAACAGCAGAAUCCGGAGCUUGUGUCAGAACAUCGCCUCCAAGCUGCAGCUGAGCUCCUGGGAAGGAUUCAGCCUCUUUAUCAAGACCACGGACAAGGUGAUCAGUCAGAACGAAGCCGACUACUUCUUUGACUCCUUACGGCAGGUGACUGACUGGACUCGGAAGAACAAGCCGGUGAAGGACGGGGGCGCUGUGGCUGUGACGUACCAGGUGUACUUCAUGAGGAAGCUCUGGCUGAGUGUAACUCCUGGGAAAGACCUGAAGGCCGACUCCAUCUUUCAUUACCACCAGGAGCUGCCCAAGUAUCUGCGAGGAUACCACAAGUGCUCCAAAGAGGAAGCUGCCCAGAUAGCAGGGCUGAUUUAUAAAGUGCGGUUUGACAGGGACCGGUCGCAGCAGGCAGCCAUCCCCAAGAUCCUGAGGGAGCUGGUGCCAGACAACCUGGUCCGAGCGAUGGCUCUGGAGGAGUGGAAGAAGAAUAUCAUCAGCGCCUACAGCAGACACGAGGGCAAGACAGUGGACGAGGCCAAGGUGGCCUUCUUGAAGAUGAUCCACCGGUGGCCCACGUUUGGGUCAGCCUUCUUCGAAGUGAAGCAAACCUCCGAGCCAAACUUCCCAGACAUCGUGCUCAUUGCGGUCAACAGGCAAGGAGUCUCGCUGAUACACCCCAAGACCAAGGACAUCUUAAUAGUGUACCCCUAUAAUAAAAUCUCCAACUGGAACAGUGGCAGUACAUUCUUCCACAUGACAAUUGGGAACCUGGUGCGAGGAAGCCGGAUUCUGUGCGAGACGUCUCUGGGUUAUAAAAUGGAUGACCUGUUGACAUCCUAUGUGCAGCUGCUAAUGAAUGCUGUGAACAAGCAGAGGAAUCCCCGUCUCCCUGCCUGAGGGGAGAAGCCUCUGAUUCAUACCUGUGCCAAACUGCCUCCAUUUCAUAUCUGAAAAGAAGACCCAUUUAACACUGGUCCUGCCAAUUAAUCCUCUGAUCACACCUGUCCCGCUGCGAGCCACGCUGGGGAAGGACGGAUGAGACAUGCCAACAUUUUACACUUUCCUAUCCUAGACUUGAGGGACAAAUUCAGUACAGAUUAUAACCAUUGCAGCAAGUUUUGCUGGAUUUCAGCCUCAGCACAGCACUAAUGAAUACAUGAAAAAGCAGUCUGAAAACCUCUUCAGCGAUAUUAUGGUGUCCUCCAUGCUACCCCACCCACUCCUUCCCCCGGGGACAGAAGGGAAUGCUAUUCAGUAUACUCUCACCAGCUAUACAAGCUUCCCGUCUCUGGCAAAGAGGGAGGAAACGGGACUCUUUUGGCAUAAUGGAGAGACUCCACGGAUGGAGAAAAAGGCAAAACAUUUCAGCCAAGUGUUCAAUGGUAAGAAAACUGGGGAAAGCUCUUGAGCGGAGGUGCUGCUUUCCUUCAGUCGUCUAGCAUGUCGAAUACUUGCUGCCAGUCGCCGUCACAGCCACCCUAUUCUGCUGGUGUGGGAGAAGCAGCAUUGCUCCGGGACACUUCUGCCUGGUAACCCAGGGGCUUUGCAGAAGGGAAGAACCAUCUGUGCUCCCACAUGGUUAUUGUCUCCUGCCUUUGAUACCCUGUGAGCUAGUGCGCUUCCUUUUGCGCCCCCUUUGAUAACUGCGCCUGGGUGUUCUCCCCCCCCCCACCUUCCUUUCUCCCAAGGAACAGGGGCCCCCUCUGAUUUGGGCUAUUAUAAAGGGCUGAAUCUGCAACCCUUCACAGAUAACACAUACUGACACAGAUCAUCUAUAAGUGCUGCUCAGCGGGAGUCAGAAUUGCACAGGGUCGAGCCUUUACCAUACAGUCCUCUUCUGAAAGAGCCAUUUUCCUGCUCUAUAGCAGUGCCCCAGCACAGAGUUAUGCAGACAUUCUUUCAGGAGACAGAAUGUCAAUUGCUUCAUUUGAUUGGCUUUCAUUUCUCUUGAUCUUUUCCCUACUUCCUGUUUGGCAGACGGCUUCGCUUGAUUCAGAGCUAGUUCGUCACAUGCUCCUCCACAGACACACAACGCCCGUCAGCAAGAGAGAACUUUCUCUCAGUAAGAGCUGCUCUUGCCAUUACAUUAGAAGAGCAAACACCUGUCCUUCCCAAAUCAGAAGAUUCCUCCGGUGACCACAGUAGCAUGUGGUGCUUUUAGUGUAUUUACACCAAGUUCCUUGAGGCAUGGUUUGACAGAACUGGAAAAGCAGUCCUGUUGAAUCUCUCGCUCCAGUUUGCCAAUGUAUGGACAAUGGGCUUCGUUGUCCCUUGGAUGUGCGUGUGUGCAAUGUGGCCAUUAACGGGGCGGGGGGGUUGUACAUGCACUGCAUGGAGAACAGGACUCAGUGUCUCUGUGCAUCUAAAUGAGUGCCACUUUUCAGAACAGUUUAUCUUUUUGCCACCAGUCAGAUAUUCUCAGUGCAAAUGGCCGUUGCUAGCAGUGGAUGCUCUGAGAUUACCAAUAUCAAGGCGUUAAUGAUGGCAUCGUACGUUUGAAUUCAGUUUAAUUAGAGAGAGUAUCUGAGACUUGUUUUGUACUUUUGCUCCGUACUGCAAUCUCUGCAGCCAAACUUUUCUGUUCCCAUUUUUAAAUAAAUUGUUGCAGAUCGGUGAUGGUGAUGUAUUUUUCUUCCACAAGCCGGGUGAGUGCCCUCCCAUUCUCAGUAUACUGUGAGCAGCCCCCCGUUGCUUAUACUACCUCUGCAUUAGCACAGCACCCCACUGACAUCCACAGUCCACGCUAGCUGCACAGCAUCUGAGACACAGCAGCAGUGCUACCACUGCACUGUCAUUGAUCAAUCCAUCACCCUCUAACCCAGGGCUACUCUACAUGCGGCCCGCAGUGCGGUUUGAAUUUACGCGGCCUGUGGGUGGGAACCAAAACAAAAAAGGAGUCAAUAUAAUAGUCGUCUGUUGAUUUGCAUUUUCGUCGUUAAAUUCCUGGAGUGUCAUUGCUCAUUAAAAGCGCUGUCGUAUUGUGGCAAUCGAGUAAAUGUUGCAUUUUAUAACUAUCAACAGAACUGACUUAAAUGGGCCUGCGUGUUGUGCAGUCUUGCCUUAAUCUUUGUAUUCAUGCCCGUCAGUGUGAAAUAAGCUAUUUGCAUAUAUAUAUGCAACCACACUUAAGUUGCAGCCCUUGGCAUAUGCUGUGAGUAUCGUGGCCCCCGGGGCUUCCAAAAUUGAGUAGCCCUGGUCUAACCAGCACUGAUCAAAAACAUUUCAACAACACAUUCUUGCAUAGACUCACCAUCCUGGAGCAAGCCCCAGCACUGUAGCCGCACUGCCUCACCUUCCUCCUCCAAACCUCAGUGCUCUGUAGUGAUUAGUCCUCCAGCCAGGCCACACCGAGUCUCACCCCUUCUGGGGUCACAAAGUGCAAACUCACAAGAGAGGAAUGGAAAUCCUCAGCUCAGUCUUCCACAGAUUCUUCGCUCACCUCCCGGGCUCUGCAGAGUUCUUCACUCGAUCACUGAGCAUGGCUGUCCAGGGCUUUCUCCCUGGAGGCCCAACUUUCCACAAGCUGUUAACCCUCAGGGCGUUUCCCUAGAGUUUCUCUCUGAUCCCAAGCCUGCUUUAGGAGUCUCCAUCUCUUAACUGCCCUCUCCCCUCAGGGACAAUCCCAUGUUAGACACCUCCUGCAGGACCCUCUUUGGUUCCUUUCCCAGAGAGGAAGUUCCCAACUACCUCCCUCCUGGCUCUCCUCCCCCUAUUGCUCCGCACUCGUCCCUUAUAUAGGAACCACCCAAGCCCCAGCUGGGUCUAAUCCUUAACUACCCGUCUCCCUUUCAGGUGCCACAUAGGAGCUAAUUGUCACAGCUGUGAGAUAGGAAUGCAGGUAACCUCUGGAGUUACUGAGUAAUUCACUCUGGGUCACAUCAGUGGUGCAGAUCAAAGGACUCAGGAUUGACAGUGCAGAAUGCAUAUGCAAUAGUUUGUAUAUUUUAAUUUUUAGUGUGAAGAUUUAAAUGCAUUGCAGUUAACUUUAUUACAAGAACAUACAGAACCAGUGCAGAUUAUAAUACUUUAGUCCAGCAGUCACAGAUUUUGGUUAGACACCACAAACUCUGAAGUACUAUAAAACAAGAAAUCCACAGUCUGCAGAAUCCAUGUUGUAGAAUAAGGGUGGGCUUGUCUCUUUGGUAUUAAUACAUUUCUUUACUCUUUCUAUAUAAUCCUUAGUGCUGAGGGUGCUUUACAAACUAGGAACUAAACACCUCUUAGAACAACUGCUUUUGUCCCAGGUUUACUUGUGACCCAAUGCCUGCCAUAUGUUUCAAAUUAACACUUACCCUCUUCAGCCCCAGACGCCUGCAUUGCCCAAUACAAAACAUUUGUCAUGGGAAAUUCCAAGCAUUGAAGGUUAAACAAUUUUGCUAAUGUUGUGUGGAUCACUGUGAGGGUAAGGACUGGGAUCCAAACUCUAGCGAAAACAUUUAGCAGUUGGAUUUGCAAGAAGGAAGGAUGUUAAGGAAGUGAUUAGUAUUUCCCUUGAAUAUGAGUAUGCUGAACAUAUUGCAGUUGCUAAAAGCAUUGCCAUCUUCAAGUGUAGCCAGUGAGCAUUAGUGAUUUGUUUUAAAUAUGUAUAUAAAUAUAGAUUUUAAACUGUGAAAGUAUACAAUGGGCAGCAGCUUUCGGUAAGUAAGACAAGCCUGGCUUUUUGAACCAAAUUCAUCUCCUUGAUGUAACCCCACGAAGGACAAUGGAGGUGACAGCAAGAAUGAAUGAGUCUAGAGCAGGGGUGGGGAACCUUUUUGGGGUCGCAGGUUGCUGACCCCCAGGCAAGUAGAAACUUUGUGUGUUCCAGUCCCACGGUGGGAUGGGGGGGAGGGGCUGGAGUGCCAGAAUGGGCUGCCCAAUGCUGGGAGGGGGGAGCCCCGAGCCUUGGGGGCCAGAUACAGGCAAGCCAGGGGCUGCAGGUUCCCCACCCCUGCUCUAGAGCAAAGGAAAAUGCCAUGCAUCCUAGUCUUCAAUUUCUUUCUAUGGAAGAGUGUCUCCCUGCUGACUCCAGCAUUGUGAAGAACACACAAGUCCUAGCAAAUCCAUCAUACUAAAAGACUCUGUCCAAAAGCAGCCCACAGGUCCUAUCGCUUCUACUUUCCUUUUCCAGUGGAGUCUGGUGCAGAGAAACGAACGUCUCCAAACUGAGCUGGGAUUAUUUUCCAUAACGUCCUUGAUUCCUCAGUCUCUCAAAUGUGAUUUUGUAACUCCGUAGAAGACCGAGUGCUCUACAGGAAAAACUUAAAAAACCAACAGAUAGCCUAGCAGCACCUUAAAGACGAACAAAACCCGUAGAUGGUAUCAUGCGCUUUCAUGGGCACGGCCCACGUCUUCAUACCAUCUACAUGUUUUGUUCGUCUUUAAGGUGCUACUAGAUGAUUUGUUGUUUUUUAAGGUUUUCCUUUAAGUCCCUUCUCCCCAGCCUAAUCUACAGAAUUCCAAACGUGAGAGAUGAAGUAAGAGUCCUCGCCGCAUUGCUUCUCAUAGUACAAUGGUACUCGUGGGCAUCUCUACAGGCAAAUGUUUACCCAUCGCCAAUCUCCAAUGGGCUCUGCAGGGAACACAGACCACUGACAGGGUUUGAGCUGGUUGAGACGACGAUUGCCCAGUAAACUAUUCCUGCAUAUACAUAAGCACAUAUGAUGUCAAGUGUCCUAUUAUGAUCUUCCCAGAAAUUCUCUUAAACUAGGGUUGGUGAAUCAGCUGAAAAUCUCCUAAUCCCGCAUUGGGCUCCUUCCUGUGACCAGGACCUGGGGAAAGGAGCUGCCUGCUCUAAAGGAGGAAUCAUCAUAAUGAACUGUGAAUGCUCAUAGGCCUGAAGUGUCUCAGCGUUAGUCCUUCAACAAACACCAGGGAAAACAAGCACAGUGGACGUGGCCCCAGCAGUGGCCUGAAAUGGUGUAGUUCCCUGGGCCCGGACUUGAAGGAUGAGCCGAGGGCUAGAGAAAAACAAGUGCUGUCCUCCACUGCUCAAACUGUGACAAAACACAUCCUGUCGAGGUUACUGUGGAGGCCGAUAGUCAUGGUGGAAGACACAGGCUCUAUGUUUAGAUCACAGCGAGUCCGUUACUUCAGAAGUGCCAUAGCUGAGGCAGCGCACAGAAGCUGUUAAAAUAGUUAUGGUAGCUUGCUACAGCAGAAAGCAGCAGAAGGCAGCUGGUAUUAGGAAAAUAGCUAAUUAAACAGGAGUCUUGCACGGGGAGCCUUUGUGUUAGCUUUUUCCCCUAACAUUUUUACUGUAACUAUUUCUAGUGCAGCUUCCCCAGUGGUAGCAACAGUGAACACUCUGGUGUAGAGCAGUCACCAGCAUUUCUGCCAUGAGGUUGUGAGAGUCUGCUCUGAGCAGGUGACACACAUCCCAAACAGCCAUCAGAUGGUGAACAUUUUGGGCCACAGUCAGAACACUGUCCUACAGCUGAAAAGGUCUGUGUGCAAGGCAUUUAAGGAGUCCUUGAUAUUUAUGGCUCGUGUUG